AUGCCCAGGAACAGGGCUUUUUCGGAGCCUGAGUGCUCGGCUGAGUACUCCGCCGACUACUCGGUGAGCCUGCCGUCGGACCCCGAGCACGGCGUGGGUCGGACCCACGAGGUGACGGUGCGCAGCUCGGGACCGUGCCUCUGCCUACCCCGCUUCAUGCGCCUCACCUUCGCUCCCGAGUCCUUGGAGAACCUCUACCAGACCUAUUUCCGCCGCCAACGCCACGAGACCCUCCUGGUGCUGGUGGUCUUCGCCGCCCUCUUCGACUGCUAUGUCCUCGUCAUGUGUGCCGUGGUCUACGCCGCCGACAAGCUGGCCCCGGUGCUGGCGGCGGCGGCCGGGCUGGUGGCCCAUGUGCUGCUCUUCAUCCUCUGCAAGUACAGGCUGCUCCCCGAGCGGCAGCGGCAGGACGCCCUGGAUGAGGGCACGCUGCUGAGACAGAUCCUGUCCAACGUUGCCAUCUACCUUUGUGCCAUCACGGUGGGCACCAUGUCCUACUACAUGGCCGACCGCAAGCACCGCAAAGCCUUCCUCGAAGCGCGCCAGUCCCUGGAGGUCAAGCUCAACCUGGAGGAGCAGAGCCAGCAGCAGGAGCGGCUGAUGCUCUCCAUCCUGCCCAAGCACGUGGCCGACGAGAUGCUGAAGGACAUGAAGAAGGACCCGAGUCAGAAGGAGAUGCAGCAGUUUAACACCAUGUACAUGUACCGCCAUGAGAAUGUCAGCAUCCUCUUCGCAGACAUCGUGGGCUUCACCCAGCUCUCCUCCUCCUGCAGCGCCCAGGAGCUGGUGAAGCUCCUCAACGAGCUCUUCGCCCGCUUCGACAAGUUGGCAGCCAUGUCCCUGCCCAUGGCAGGGGGUUGGACUAGAUGGCCUUUAGAGGUCCCUUCCCACCCAAACCAUCCUGUGAUUCCAUGAUAUGACCCUUGUCUUCCCACCCCCAGCUACGUGCGGGAGAAGACCAAGACGGCGGUGGACAUGCGGGUUGGGGUGCACAGCGGGACGGUGCUGGGCGGUGUGCUGGGCCAGAAGCGCUGGCAGUACGAUGUGUGGUCCACCGACGUCACCGUGGCCAACAAGAUGGAGGCAGGGGGCAUCCCUGGGCGGGUGCACAUCUCGCAGAGCACCAUGGAUUGCCUGAAGGGUGAGUUCGAGGUGGAGCCGGGUGAAGGCGGCUCACGCUGCGAGUACCUGAAGGAGAAGGGCAUCAUCACCUACCUCGUGGUGGUCCCCAAGCAGCCCCUGCGCAAUGGCAUCAACGGGGUGAAACUCUCGCUGACCUCGUCCCACGGUGGUUCCCCGCCGUUGGUCAACACCAAGGAGCGCAACGGCAGCCUCAGCCUGGCCUGCGCCAGCCCUGAGGAGCCCGAGGAGCCUGACGCCAGGGCGGUGAACCCCUCCUUCCCCAACCCUCGCCGGCGGCUGCGGCUGCGGGACUUGGCCGAGCGGGUGAUCGACGCUUCGCAGAAUGAGCAGGAGCUCAACAAGCUGCUCAACGAAGCUUUGCUGGAGCGGGAGUCUAUCCAGGCGCUGAAGGGGAAGAGCACCUUCCGGCUCUCCAUGCGCUUCAUUGACCCCGAAAUGGAGACGCGCUACUCGGUGGAGAAGGAGAAGCAGAGCGGGGCCGCCUUCAGCUGCUCCUGCGUUGUCCUCUUCUUCACCGCCUUGGUGGAGGUCUUCAUCGACCCCUGGUUGGUGGCCAACUACGUGACCUUCGUGGUGGGGGAAAUCCUGCUGCUCAUCCUCACCCUCUGCUCGUUAGCUGCCAUCUUCCCCCGGGUCUUCCCCAAAAAGCUCGUGGCCUUCUCCACCUGGAUCGACAGGACCCGCUGGGCGCGCAACACCUGGGCCAUGGCCGCCAUCAUCAUCGUCACCAUGGCUGACAUCGUGGACAUGCUCAGCUGCCGGCAGGACCACGGCGGGAUGGGCAACGUGACAGUGGGGCCACCGUGGCCGGGUGGCUGUGGGGAGCAGCCUAAGUACUACAGCUACAUCGCCCUGCUGGCCUUGGUGGCCACCAUCAUGCUGGUGCAGGUCAGCCACAUGGUCAAGCUGACCCUCAUGGUGCUGAUCACCGGGGCCACCGGUGCUGUCAACAUCUAUGCCUGGGAGCACAUCUUUGACCAGUACGACCACCGCCGUGGCCAGCAAAGCACGUCCUCACUGGUCCCCUCCAAGUACUCCAUGACGGCGAUGAUCUUCAUCGUGAUGCUCAGCUUCUACUACUUCUCUCGCCACGUGGAGAAGCUGGCCAGGACCCUCUUCCUCUGGAAGAUUGAUGUCCAUGACCAGAAGGAGCGGGUCUACGAGAUGCGGCGCUGGAAUGAGGCCCUCGUCACCAACAUGCUGCCCGAGCAUGUGGCCCGGCACUUCCUGGGCUCCAAGAAGCGGGACGAGGAGCUGUACAGCCAGUCCUAUGAUGAGAUCGGUGUCAUGUUCGCCUCCCUCCCCAACUUCGCUGACUUCUACACAGAGGAGAGCAUCAACAACGGGGGCAUUGAGUGCCUGCGGUUCCUCAACGAGAUCAUCUCUGACUUUGACGCGCUCCUGGAUGAACCCCAAUUCCGGUGCAUCACCAAAAUUAAAACCAUUGGCAGCACCUACAUGGCCGCUUCUGGAGUGACCCCCGAUGCCAACGCCAAUGGCUACAGCGCCAAGAAGGAGACCCUCUCAGAUAAGGAGCGCUGGCAGCACUUGGCCGACCUGGCUGACUUUGCCUUAGCCAUGAAGGUGACGCUGAUGAACAUCAACUACCAAUCCUUCAACAACUUCAUGCUCCGCAUAGGCAUGAACAAGGGGGCCGUGCUGGCAGGAGUCAUCGGCGCCCGCAAGCCGCACUACGACAUCUGGGGCAACACAGUGAACGUGGCCAGCAGGAUGGAGUCCACCGGCGUGAUGGGGAACAUACAGGUGGUGGAGGAGACCCACCUCAUCCUGAAGGAGUACGGUUUCCGCUUCGUGCGCCGGGGAGCCAUCUACGUCAAGGGCAAAGGGGAGCUGCUCACCUUCUUCCUCAAGGGCCGGGAGAAGCAGGGCUCCUUCAUCAACGGCUCCUCCGUCACCCUGCCCCAUCAGGUGGUGGACAGCUCGUGA